AUGCCUCGAAAUUCACUGGAUUUGCGAAGUCUCUACGAAGUUGUACCACCCAUUUUCGAUCAAUCACAGUUGUCUACCGCGAACCAUCGGAAGAACUGUACUACCCUCCAUAAGCUGCACCUGCAGGCUGCUUCCGUCCGCCAGUCCGUUCAGAACGGGAAUGUUACCAAGCUCUCCGGAGAGAAGGUCUUCUAUGAUGUCUUUGUCGAUAUGACCUCUCGCGUACUCCCUAUCAAGAAAGGCUGCCAGGUAGCCGACAGAGUCGUCAAGUUCAUUGGCUCGUACGUACAGUUCAUCCUUCAGAAAGGUGACAACCCAGUCCGGAAUGUCACUCAUCUCUGGCGAUAUGCAACAGCACAGACCCAACAAAACAAACAGGGAAAUGAUGCCACGGUCGAUGACACCCUCGCUGCGCGCUUCGCCCUCCGUCUUCUGAAGUGGCUCCUGCAAGGUUCAACGGCCAAGGACAAAACUGUCAGACUUCGCUCUGUCUCCCUAGUCACAGAGAUCAUAAGUCAUUUGGGCGAGAUUGACGAGGAUACGUACUCUAACCUCAGAGAAUGCUUGGUGGAGCGUGCGUACGACAAGGAGGCGACCAUCAGAGUAUACGCUGUCAUUGGGCUGUCCAAGAUCCUUGGAGGCGAGGUGCCCAGUGAGCUGCCCGCCAAUCAGCCAAGCAUGCUCGAGAUCCUCCUGGAGCGUUUGCAAUAUGAUGAUUCUGCUGAAGUGCGCCGUUGUGCGCUGAUGCACGUCCCUCUGACGCCGCGUACCGUGCCUGCCGUGCUCACCCGCAGUCGGGACGUGGACCCGGUUGUGCGCAAGCUCCUCUUCGCCACCAUCCUAUCAAUGGGAGGCUCUAAAAGCAAAUCGAGGUUACGGAAGUACCAGUCCUCAAGCAACUUUGAGCAUCCGCGCCAGCUCACCCUUGCCCAGCGGGAGAAGGUUGUCCGAGACGGCUUGGGCGACCGGGAGGGUGCUGUGCGAGUUGCGGCUUCUCAGGCCAUCGCUAUAUGGUUCGACAUCUUAUCCGGCCACGAGGAGACAGACUCGGACUCGUCGCUCGGAAGUGUCGUGGCUUUCGUCAAGCUGUUUGACGUCAUUACCCAGGAGGGCAUCGAUGUGGCGGUGGAUGCGCUCAAGUCGCUGUUCUUGACGAGGAUUCUCGAUAACAUUGUCUUCGAUGAUGCCUUUUGGAGAAAUCUCAGCGCGGAGUCCAUCUUCGUCGCACGCGUCUUCACUACGUACUGCCGUGAGCACGACAUGGAGGCUCAUCUCGAAGCCGCAAAGGUCCCCGUUGUCACAGCGCUUGCCUUCUAUCUGCAGGAAGCCUGCAACAAACUACUCGACGCUAUUGAGGAACUGGAGGACGCCAGAUUGCAGGCGGACUCUCGCUCCGAGGCCGAUGCAGCCAAUGAUGAAGAGAUGGAACGACUAGAGGACGUUGUCUCUGAACGCGCCUUUGUUGUAUCCGAGCUCCUUCGCAUGGCAGCCCUGUCAGACUUCUCCGACGAGAUUGGCCGGCGCAAAGCGUUUGCUGUUGUUCGCGAGAUGCUUGCACACGAACUGCUGCCAGAAAGCCUCACAGAGCCGUGUAUGGACGUGCUCAAAGCGUCCUCUCCGAGCGAACGGGAGCUGAUACGUGUCAUCGUCGAGAUGAUUGCAAAGCUUCGUGACGGAGAGGAGCUCUUUGAUGCGGUGAGUGACCAGUCAAAUAUCUUGCCAGACGGUAACAGCUCCCUAAAUACGACACAGAGCUCGCAACGAAGUCGCUCUCUGCGUCGCGCGAAGAGCUACGUCGACAUGUCUGCGGAAGAACAGGAGAGGGCGGACACCAUCGAUCUGCGCUGCCUCGGGCUUUGCACGGCCAUGCUGAGCCGUGUGCAAGGGAGCUUUGAUGAGAACUCGACACUGGAAGGCCUCCUCUCCGACCUGGUUAUCCCCGCAGUCAAAAGGAAGGAGCUUGUCUUGCGCGAAAGAGGGCUCGUCAACUUGGGCUUAUGCUGCCUCAUCGCCAAGAGCAUGGCCAUGAACUCUUUUCAACUCUUCCUGAACCAAGUCCAGAGUGCCGCGGACGACCUGAAGACUAAGGUACUCCAGGUCAUCUUUGACAUCCUCAUGGUGUACGACGAAGAGCUGCUCUUGCGGUCUGAGGACAUCGCUAGCAAGAUCGUCACGUUCCUGUUGCAGACCCUCGAGGUAGAGGAGUCGUCUGCGGUCCAGGCUGUCUUGUGCUUAGGGAUCUCGAAGCUCAUGCUCGCGGGCUUGGUCACCGAUCCUCGGGUGCUGACGAGCAUGCUCAUGGCGUAUGUAUCGCCAACGACGGCUGACAACCAGGAGCUCCGGCAAUGUCUCUCGUACUUCCUACCCGUGUACUGCUACUCCUCCGCGGCAAACCAGCGGCGUAUGCAGUCCGUUGCGUUGGCCGCUUCUGACCUUGUGAGACAGGCGUACGGCGAGCUGGCGGACGAGGAGGAGAUGAUCAGCCCGUCCCAGUUUGGCUUGCUUCUGGUCGACUGGACGGACCCUCGGAAGCUGGUGAACGCCGACAAGCAAGGCUCCUCAGCGAACGACGUGCACCUCGACCUCGCUGCUGACAUCCUUAAGGCUCUGUACGUCAAGGACAGGACAGACGAGGAACGGAAGGACCUGUGCCAGUUGCUAGGAAAGCUGUACAUCCCCGACAAGCCGGGCGACCUCACGCUGCUUCUGCUCCACAUGCUGCUCUCGGACCUCGAAGACCACUGCCCGUUCGAGGACCCGGCGGCUGAGAAGAUGGUGGACAAGUUCCGCAGUGGGUUCGUGAAGAAGUUCAGCAGGCGGAUCGAGGGCAUGGAUGCGCGGACGUAUGCUGACGACGAACGUUUCCGCGAGUUGUGUGCGCUCAUCGGGCUGGAGUUCGAGGAAGAGGGUGCGAACGAAGAGCAGCGUGGUGAUGUAGCUGCAAUCGAAGGUGAGGACGAGGAAGAGGAAGAAGGGGAGGAGGAGCCAGAGAUACAAGACGUCCCAACUAGGCAAGACAAAGGGAAGGGAAGGGAGCAAGCCCAGGUCGCCGCAGAACCCAGUGAUUCAGAGGAGUGA